AUGCAGACGGCCAGACCAAUGGAGAAGCUGCUGGAGAAGCUGCACAAUGUGCUACUGGCCCUGAACAAGACGCUGAAUGGUUUGCCCUGCCGACCGGACCCCCAAGGAAACCACACAGACACCAAAGUGGAUAAGGACAACAGACACGACAAUGCCUAUAUAUUCAUCCUCUUUGUUCUGUUUCUCUUUGCGGCCACCGUGGGGAGUUUGAUACUCGGCUACACCAGGUCUAAGAAAGUGGACAAACACAGUGACCCGUAUCAUGUUUAUAUAAAGAACAACAGGAUUUCGGUUAUAUGA